GAUAAAAUUGUAAAAGAUGAACUCCCUACUGUGUACUAUAUCUAUAACAUUUCUGAAGGGAUCAAGCUGGUUUUUUACCAUUGCAGGGAAAGCGGACAUCCUGCAAUAACAGAUUGUACCCGUACGUUAUUCCAGUAUUUCAAUACCGAAGCACUUUGGGGGACUGAAGUUUGUUUGAAUAAUAAGCUCGAAUUUUACAUCUGUGAGAAACCGUUUUUAGAUGACGGGAAUCACACAAAAGAUCACAAUCUCUCACAAAAUGCAAGUACGGAUACAAUGUUAAAAUCUGAUUUACCCCGCCGACACAAUUCCGGGGCGUAUUUCCGCUGUACAAAUAGCAAAGAGUGGAUAUCUAUGUUAGCUAAAUGUGAUGAUGUCAUUGAUUGUAUUGAUGCUUCGGACGAAGUCAGGUGUUUGCAUGGCAAUAGUGAAUGUGACGAAGACGAGUUUUCUUGUGACAACGGAAAUUGUAUGAAACUGAGUCGUAUGUGCGACUUUAAACCGGACUGUGUGGACGGCAAAGAUGAAUUGUGUGAUUACCCAAAGUGUGAUGAUGAAAAUGAGUUUCGUUGUAAAAAUAGACAAUGUAUUCAAGAAGUCAAUCGAUGUAACGCUGAAUACGACUGUUUCGACAAAAGUGAUGAAACAGAUUGUGACUCCUGUAACAAAUCGUUUCUUUGUGCUGCUGAUUACAAAUGUAUUCCAUAUCGACUGACGUGUGAUCGCUAUCCUGACUGUAGGGAUGGAGGUGACGAAAGAAUUUGCCAAAGUAAUCCUCCAAAUUCUGAUGAUUUCAGCAGUGAAUACCUUUCGUCAAAAGUUGAAGGUAAGCAACAUUCUUUAAUAAAUGCAUUGAAUUAUCAAUACAUGUAUUAUAUUUUAGUCUUAAGAACAAAGGGAGUGCCGAAAAUAUGCAUGUAUGUUUCAAGUGACAUUAUGUCCAUCCAAGUGAAAAUGUUCAGUGUACAGGUUAAAUAAAUUGACUUUUUGUCAUAAUUGCCUAUUUUGGCAUGAACAAAAAUCAUAACGGACAUUUCUAUAAAUACUGUUCGGAAUGUAAAGAUAA